UCUGUCUGUACAGAACGCUACUACGUGUUAGGUUUGUUACAGGAACUCGGGAUUAGGUUUGGAGUUUGCUGUGGAAUAUAGUGUAUUACAGUUCUGGGAGAUUCAUUGUUGAUUGCUGUUUUUGCAGCAAAAUGUUACCGACCACAGCGUAUUCUCCCCAAACCCAGGGAAACGGAGGUUUGAAUUCCAGAGAUGCUGCGCGCCACACAGCUGGAGCAAAACGGCACAAAUACCUGCGUAGGCUCUUCCGAUUUAGAGCGAUGGAUUUCGAGUUUGCAACAUGGCAGAUGCUGUACUUGUUCACAUCUCCACAGAAGGUGUACCGGAACUUUCACUACAGGAAGCAGACAAAGGAUCAGUGGGCCAGAGACGACCCAGCGUUUCUUGUUCUGCUCAGUAUCUGGCUGUGUGUCUCCACUUUAGGGUUUGCUUUCGUGUUGGGAAUGGGAUUCCUGGAAAUGAUUAAGCUGCUUUUGUGGGUCGUCUUUAUUGACUGCAUAGGUGUAGGACUUCUGAUCUCAACCUUAAUGUGGGUUAUCUCCAACAAAUAUUUAAUGAAACAGGGCAAAGACUACGAUGUGGAGUGGGGUUAUGCAUUCGACGUGCAUCUCAAUGCCUUCUACCCACUGCUGGUCAUUCUGCAUUUCAUUCAGUUGUUUUUUAUUAACCAUAUUGUAUUUAUCAACCAUGAUUGGUUCGUCGGUCGCUUUUUUGGGAAUACACUGUGGGUAAUUGCAGUUGGCUAUUACAUCUAUAUUACUUUUCUUGGAUAUAGUGCAUUGCCCUUUCUGAAGAACACAGUAAUUAUGCUGUAUCCAUUUGCACUCCUGGUUUUACUGUACAUGUUGUCAUUGGGAUUGGGCUGGAACUUCACCAAAGGACUGUGCUGGUUCUACAAGUUCAGGGUACAGUGAAAGUCUGAAAUGACUUAUUUUAAAAGGACACUAUAAUAAGCAUUUUGUUUUUGCUGUGUUGCAGCAUAAGAUUUUUUUUUUUUUUUUGUAAAACCUGUAAAUAAAAGUUGGA